UCAAGCUUGCAAACCUAUCUGCAGAAAGUGUAAGCGCCACGUCACCGAAAUGACGGGUCAGGUGGUCCAGGAAGGGACAAGACGCUACAGACUUUGCAACGAAUGCCUCUCUGAAGCCGGGAUAGACAGCAUCCGCAUUGAUUUGGACACAGAACCGCCCCCGGAGUUCCCUCUAGAAGAGGACAAAGAUUCCAACUGGAAUUACAGCGAAGAUAACAGAUCCGACGUGGAAAUUGUAGAGGACGGAUCUACUGAUUUGGUUAUCCAGCAAGUCGAUGACAGUGACGAUGAGGCCGAGGAAAAAGAUAUAAAGCCCAACAUUAGACUUGGGAAGCACUUCAAAAUAAAAGUGAACAACUUCAUAAAGCCCGGCCAGCAGAUCCAAAGGAAUGUAAGUGGACAACGAUUCGUAAUCCUUCAGAAAGCAUGCGCCUUCUCCAAAUCAUCAUUUGUUUAUUAAAACAGUAAGUUUUCAAAACCAGUUUUGAUUCCCAAAUCUGUUUCCAGUGAACCCUUUCUGUAGGCCUUGCACAUGGUAGAGCAACUAGCACUUUUCAACUCCAGAACUGAAGCACGAGGGUGGUACUGCGACU